GCUGCCAAGAUAAACAUCCACAAUGCCCAGCCCGAGGACCUGAUGAACAUGCAGCACUGCAACCUGCUCUGCCUGCCGGAGAACUACCAGAUGAAGUACUACUUCUACCACGGUCUGUCGUGGCCCCAGCUCUCCUACCUCACCAAGGAUGAGGAUGGCAAGAUAGUGGGCUAUGUCCUGGCCAAGAUGGAGGAGGACCCCAAUUAUGUUCCCCAUGAGCCCAUCACCUCUCUGGCCGUGAAGCACUCACACCAGCACCUCGGCCUGGCCCAGAGGCUGAUGGACCAGGCCUCAUGGGCGAUGAUGGAGAACUUCUGCUCCAAAUAUGUGUCCCUGAACAUCAUGAAGAACAACAGGGUGGCCCUGCAUCUCUAUUCUAAGACCCUCGACUUCCAGCAUUGCUUGUCUACAUGUCUCAGCCACAUCUAUCCUGUGAACAAACCCUGGCUUAGCCGUCUACUCUGCAGUGUUUUCUCUGGAGUUACCUCACAGUGACUCCAAUGGCUUCUCAUUUUCAACUCUCCAUGACCUUCCACAUAAAGCUACUGUGAUCAUGAAGAUACCUCAGCACAAGAACCUGCUGUACAAGAGCCAAGGAAGCUUGAGGCCUGCCAUGAGAGAGCAUCCCCGACCUCCUCUCACCAUGCUGCCACUGUACUGUUUGCAGUGGUCCUACCUUGGCCUGUGGUCAUGUGGCACAGUUGUCUCCUAGAAAUGCCAAACAGAAAGCAGGGACAACUCUUGAAACUUCCAGUUUGCAGAUUUCGCCUUUAUUUAUCUGGGUUUCCAUCAUUAAGAGGGUAGUUGGCACCAUCAAGUUAGACCUCAUUCCCCCUUCCUCGUCCAGUGCAAGUUGUCUGUUUACUCUCGCUUUCUCUGGAACUCCGUGUCCUGUUCUCUGCCUUCAAGGGGUAUUUUUCCCCCUUUCCCAGUGGGAGAAUGUGAUAAAGAAGAGCUCUACUACACCACACAAGCAGAGUGUAUGGAUUUUAAGAAAAGAACAAGCAGUAAUUAAACUGGACAAUCAUCUGCUUGCUCACAUCAGUUGCUUUCUGUCUCUGUGUUUGCUUUCUGUUGUAAUGAUGUCACUUGCCAUUCUUGAGGUCGGAGAGUGCACAUGCAGUGCUACGGCAUUUACUAACAUGUAAUCCUGUGGGUCACCCUGCGAGGUGGGCAUUAUUAAUUAUCUCUGUUUUACAGAUAAACAGAAGCAGUGCAGCAAAUAGCUGUUCGGGACUUCAGCCCAACCUGGCUCCUGUUGCUCCUGUUCAGAUUCUGUAUUUAUGUGCAAAACAAUGUUAAAAUGUCACAGAAAGGAGACUGCUGUUUGAAACUGUUCAGUGUUGUUGACUUAAUAUAUGACAAUCACAUGCCAAAUGUUUAUAUUUAUCUAAUCUUCAAUUGUAGUCCCUGUUAGUGACUUAGGAAAUAUAAGUGAAGGAAAAGGGCUUUGACGCUGCAGAAGUCACAGGUAGAUCAAUUUAGAACUGAGUAAUGUUUUCAUGUUCUCUGAAUUUUAAUUACCAAAAUAUCCGUUUAUGUUUAGAUUUUUAUGAAACUGGAGUAUAUGGAUUUAUAUCUAAGCCCUGACAUUAACCAGCUAAUGGCAAGAGAUAAGUCUGUUCUCUGUAAUCCAUAUCAGCCCUGAUAAGUAUGUCUUACAGAUAUACCUCAGUAUGUGGAGAAUGCCUAAGGGUGAAGGAUUACCUGAGGCAGAGCUAGAACUCCAUCUUGUGUGUCUACAUGGUCCUCUCUGUCUUUCCAUUUUCCUUUUUAAUUUUCUCCUUUAACUCUUUCCCCUCAAGCAUGUGAUUACCUCUUUAUUUUUAAAUAUUACCACUUCCUAAUAUCUGUCUCUAGGGCAGCAUAAUCUUACUGAUGAAACAUUUCAUGUUUUCCUUGAGCCCUGGGCAAUGUCUUCGUGUUAACAGCUCAGCAGAUGGAGAAACAGAAGGAGUAGCCUCAGCUUACCUGAGUGAUUUCUCUCCAGCUCAGCACCAGCCACAUCGAGUCUCUAGUAACCUGAUGUUAAUCAUCGGAGCAAUUGGGAAAUAAGAAAGGUUUCCAGACAUUUGCAGUGCCACUGACUAAAACUAUUGGCACUUUUCUUUGUUACCAGGGGACAACAGAAACCCAGCAAUGCAGCAGCCUACCUAGUUUGGGGUAUGCCUGUUUAGAUAAUAAGAGUAAACAGUAUUUAACAUUGUUUAGGGCAUGAAUUAACAAGUUCUGGGUGAUCCCACGAGAGCGCUGCUGACUGAGCAGAAGCAGCGGUUUCUCCCAACUCUGGGAUGGGUACCUCAUGCUGCUUUUGUAACAGCAUUGUUCUUUUCAGACAGCAAAUUAUGAUUUUUUUUCUGAAUAGACUACUUACUUUUUACUUAAGCCUGAUCCUAGAGAGACCAAAUCAAGGAUGUAGAAUGGUUCAUGGUAUGAGUACAGAUGUGCCGGCUGUAGAGAAUGACUCAUACCCCUUCUUAAUGUGUGGCUUUACUGAAACUAUUGAGUGGACCUGGGUCUGUCAGCAAAUUGUUCAAAUGUAUUACUCACCAGGAUGUUAAAGUUUUGUUUAGUUGUGGCAUCUACUUGUGAAUGAAGCCUGUUAAAAAUUUGGUUUUCCCUUUGAGAUAAGAGCAAUAAGCAAGAGAUGAUGGAAUAUGGGAGUGAGUGAGAUACAUGGAGUAGUACUGAAAAUGGAAUCAAAGCUUAUAAGCUUUGAAGGAUCAAGAAAUAAAGAAAUUUUUCUAAUUAAAAAAAAAAGAAAGUUCAUAGCAGAAACAAAGCUGGAAACCCAAAAGUCCAUCAACAUCAAAAUGGAUGAGUAACUGCCCCACAUUUAUAGAAUGAAUCAGAGAAACUGAAUCAUCUACUGCUACAAGUAACCUGGAUGACUCAUUUAAAUAUAAUACUGAAUAAAUGCAGUGGCAUUCAAAAGAAUUUCUACUAUAUAGUUCAAUUUAUAUAAAUUUCAAAAUGAGGCAAAAUUCUUCUCUUAUGUUACAAGUCAGGGUUGUGGUGAGCCUUAAAGAAAUACGGUGAGGAGUCAUAGCUGCUGGACAUAUUCUGUCUUUUGAAUUGGGUGCUAUUUAGA